AUGGGCUACUCUGAAGUUCUCUGCCACAUUUGUGGUGUCAGUUUCAAUAUUAGCCGCUCUCGAACAGACAAAGAGCCUCGAAGCGCAGCCUGGGGCAGCAGCCUCGCCGUCAACCCUGAAAACAGUCACGGCCGGUGGGGAUGCUACUACGCCAAGAGAGACGGGGUCCAAGAACCUGGAAAUGCGUCCUUGGAACCAGUCAAGUAUAUCCCGCCAAAAAUGGACCCAGAAGAUUCGUCCGAUGAUGGAUGGACGUCAGACACGCCAGAUGAUGAGUGGGAACACAUCGCUGGACCAGAAUGCGAGUACAACGGAGCCUACAACGGAAAUCAUAUCUCUGCAGAAGCCAUGAAACACUGUCAAACAUCCCAGUGUCUUGUGCCAAAAGGCGAUAACUGGCAGCCUGAGAGAGACGACCAAGACUUUGAAGCUUUGGGCAAAUUCUUCGUCAGCGGUUUGUCGGACGACAUGCCCAGUAGAGAUAUGGGUUGGCCGUCUGUUUCUCCCUCGCGUCAUGGCAUGAGCGAUGUCAGAGCUGAGAACAUUAUUUGGGAUGCUGAAGAUGCGGACGAGUAUUGUAUGCCCUUUCAUCCGACCUGCUUCGAGAUAUUCAAGAGAGUCACGUUAUAUCGGUAUGGAACUGUGGAUGUUGAGUGCUUGAUGCAAUGGUGGCGUCUUGAACCGGAGUACGAAGAUUUCCACGGUUUUCCUCGUCAUCCUGCUGUUAAACAGGCUGCGGAGCAGUGGUGGAGUCACGAACGUGGAGGCGAAUUCCUAGUGGCCAACCCUUGCUUUGUGCCUGGAUUGGACGAUCUUCUUCAGUCGACACAGAGCGUGGAACAUACCCUUGAGAAUGGGUCUAGCCUUUCUAGAACUACGAUAUCAACGGAGCCAGCCCCUUCCGACCCAUUCUCAAGGCUUCCUAGCGAGAUGAUUCGUGAGAUUCUCAUCCAUCUCAGUUUCAAGGACCUUGCCAACCUCCGACUCACCUCUCGCGUAUUUCUGCAUCUGCCCAACACUGUAUUGUACGAGGUGACAGUUCGAGAAACUCCUUGGUUGUAUGAGGCAUGGUCGUCAUUGCCUAUCUCGUUCUGGGCCACAACAACUCAAGCAGAGAUCGACCAGGAGAUGGAACGUAGAGGUAGUAUUAGUACAACUCCUCAUCCAGCAAAGCUACUCAGCAAAAGCGAAACAGAUUGGCUGCGUCUUCAAGUCGAGGUGUCUAAGAACUGGAAAACAUUGCUUGGACUGCAGAAUCGGCGCAGAAUAUGGGACGAUUGCCAAGAGAUUUUGAAUCGGGUGGAUGCAUACAGGAAGCAAGGCAAGAUGUGA